AUGUUUGUAAUUCAAUUAUUAAUCAAUAUGGAUAAUGAAAAUAUGGAUUACAAAACAUAUUAUGCGAAUCACCUUGGUGAGGAAGUAGAUCAGUACGGUGUAAGGAUAAUGGCAUCAACAAAGUUGAAAAUGAAUGCUAACCCCAAGGGUCGGGCCGUUAUAUUUGUUACGCUACCCGAGUUGGCCAAUGAGGCCGAACGAUUCAAAUCAAUUUUUACAAAGUUACUAUUUGAAUCAGAUGUUUAUUCUGGAUUGACCUGUGACGGAUUUAAAAAUAAGUUAAGCGAGUUGGCCAAUACAGACACAUACAAUGGCGACUUGUUUAUUAUGAUGUUUAUCGGCAAAGGCUAUAAUGAGCACAUCAUAGGCCGGACCGACACAAGUCAAUGGCCACCAAAUGAGUGCAAUAUUAUGGCCAUCAGUGAAAUAGUGGCCACAUUUGGCUGGACUCGGUCUCCCGCUUUGCGCCAUAAGUCGAAGGUGUUUAUUUUCAACUGCGACCGCAUAAAGAUAGCGUCCAACGUUUGCAAUUUCAUUGUAACAAAUAGUUAUUUUAAUUUCAAACGUGAUGGUCAUUUGUUGGGCCCAAUAGAAUCGCCACUCAUUAAUAAGUUGACCAUGCUCAAUCCUAAAUUUGAUGUCAACAAAGAACAGACUCACGUAAUAUACGCGUGUUGUGAGGACGUUAAACCGAAUGGAAACCGAUUUAAUGGAUAAAGAUUUUAAGCAAAGACCAGAAUUUGAAACAUUUAGCGCGA